UUUCUUUAUUCAUUGCUUUUCUGUCAAAUUUAUAACAACAAGUAUAAGUAUAGAAAUUUCUCAUGUCAAUAUGAUUCGAUGAAUUAGCAUUUUCCUUCAGCUGUCAGGAGAUCAGACAUGGAGAGCACCAUCUGUCUCAUCUCUUCAUGCCCAGCCAGCAGGAAGAGUUACCUUAGCAAGCUAUGUAAAUCCUUGGUUAGCAGCGUCUCCAUCAACGUAAUGUCAUAGUCUCCAUGGCAACCACUUUCUACACGGGCCAGUAGGUGCCCAGUUUAAAGUGUAGUGCAGAACAGAUUACAGGAUUUGUAACGGGGCAGGAUGCUAACAUGUCGCUCCAUUAGCCAAUCCAGCAGAGUCACUAGCUAUCUUUUCAUCUAAUACUAUUGAGAAUUUUGAGCAAACCUUUAAAAUGACGCAGAAAAGAAAAUUCAAAGGUUGUGUUUUCAGCUAAAGUACAUAUAAAUCACUAAUCUUUUUGUUUGCCCUACUAAAAGUUCAGUGUUUGUCCAGGGAAGCGUAUGUACAUUUCCAUAGGUAAUAUUAUGUUUCCAUGUAAUUGUGACGUCAAUUUUAAGCAAACUUUUACAAUGUUGCAAAAAAGAGAAAAAAAAAUCUUAUAAGUUGUAAUUGUUCUGUCAUGUCAACUAACAUCAGAAAAGUUACAUGCUGCCCAGAGAGGUAAAUAAAGAAAUGCAAUUGUAAUGCUAACAGAGCAAACAAGCUGAUCAGUCAAGUACGGUAAAUGUUUGUGUGAUACACCAUAAAGUGGGAGAAUUUAAUUAUCACUUGGUGAUAGUCCAGAAAAUCUGUUUAAGAAAAUAUACGCCACCACACAGAAAUUAAUAGUAUUGCAACUAAUUACAUAUAUGGGUUUUAAAAAAAAAGAAAAAAAAAAAGGGUAACGAAGGUUCGGGCAACGUCUCACCAGGAGACCGGAAUUGAGGAGCCCCGCCCCUCGCUCUUCAGACAGAGUUUGGGGAAGAAGACGGCGGUUGUCCUUUCUUUCUCUCACUGACUGUUCGUCAUUACAGGUUAGUAGUGUGAAGCUGGUGAUGGCUGCCCCCCGUUAAAAAUGUGGAGUAACAAUGUAUAUUUGGAUAUGAUUUGUAAUUUGAUUGAUAGAUGUGCUGAAACAUUGAAAAUAAAUAAAGAAAAAAAGGAUUUGUUAGGAUCGCAGUUAGCUACAUUUUAGCUACAACGGUCGCAUAACGGCCGUUCUGAAGAUCGCUACAUGUAUCUUUUUUAGCUCCGUUCCACUCCCCGAUUAAACAUUGGUACCCUGAGAUACAUUGUGUUGUUUUAUCUGUUAAAAAGGAGUUAUUAUUAUUAUUAUUAUGAUUAUUGUUAUUAUUAUUAUUAUUACUAUAGACUUUACUUUUUCUCCCUUGCUAUGUAAUCAAUUAAACUGUAGUUUAUUCAGUCGGACAGUAGUUAUUGAAAACACAUUAGAGCGAGCUUAAGGUUUUGUCCAUUAUUACAUCUCCCUCUUGCAGUAUUCAACAUAAUUAAUCCUCUUAUUUGAGAAAUGGUUUUUUUUAAUGUAUAUCGCUGCACUCUGGAUUGAUUGGUGAGAGUUGAUACCUUUUUACACAGGUGAAGGCUGUGUGUGUUUUUUUUGUAGCAGAAGAAAGGACACAGGAAUGUGAUUGUUCUAGGAAAUGUUAAUAAUUUCAUAAUUUCAAUAAUUUGUAAUAAAGACAGAGUUUGGGGAAGAAGACGGCGGUUGUCCUUUCUUUCUCUCACUGACUGUUCGUCAUUACAGGCUCUCCAAGAUCAAGGGAAAGCAGAAAGUCUUCAGAAGAAGAAAAAAAACGGAAAAACAAAACAAAACAUCAUUUGUUAUAUUUGUCACUAUAAGUAGAGACGAGUAACAAACUGUGGGGGCUCGUCCGGGAUCUCCUCAUCAAAAAUAUUGGGAGAAGAUCCAGAGAUACCAGAACCACGUGACCAAGGUGACACAGCUGAAGGCCAGGAGUCAACCCGUGGGUGUCCAAAGUGGAAGAUCAGAGUGGGAAGGAACCGCGAUCCUCCACCGGAACUGCACUGCUGAUCCUGAGUUCAACGUAAGCUGAUCGCCGAGGAGCCACAUCGCCGAUUCAGAAGACAGCGCACUCGAGCUGCAGCUGAGCCACGUUGCUGAUCCAGUGGACAACGUACUCUAGUUGAAGCUGAGCCAAGUUGCUGAUCCAGAGGACAACGUACGCUAUCUUCAGAGGAGUCAACUCAUUGAUUUGGAGGACAACGUGUAAUUUAUCAGAGGACUGAACUGGAGGACCGAUCUGUAGUAGAACCAGACACCAUGGCAGAGGUUCGCAAAGAGUUAAUAUGGAACAUUAAGAAACAACUUUUCAAACUCCCAAGCGACAGUGUUUAUCAGGUGGCAAAAGACAUUGUUACUAAUAGCCAGUAUGGAGGUGAACUGGACCCAAAGGAUGAAGAAAGCUGCAUGGACUUUGCCAUCUCCUUUUUGCAGUCUGAUGCCUUACUCGAGAGGGAAGACAAAGGUAUGGGUUGGUUGCUGGAUUUGAAUGAUUUGAUAUAUAAGCUAACGAAUGCUGAUGCUACUGAUAAUUCUGGAGAAAGUGUGUUAGAUGAUGUUUGUGCACGCAUUAAACCUAGUCACACUCAGUCUAUAACAAUCAAACACUCCACAUUACAACCCCAUGCUCACUUUAACAGUACAGUCAUGCAGUCCCAGCCUGACUCUAUUACCCAACCCAACACAAAAAUGGGGUCGGUAGAAGGUCUGAGACAGCUGUAUGAAGAACUGGGCGAGAAGCUCAGGCAGUAUGAAUCUAGUGUGACCACACCAAUUCCAGUUUCUCUCCACCAAGUUGAGUCAGAGUUAUAUAACAGGCCACAAAUGACCCCGGAUCAACCUGUGUGUCUGAAGGACCUCUCCUACCUGCAGCGCAAAGAUUUCAAAGUACACGGUGGUCAGGUUGGAGAUCAGAACUCUGAUUUAAGCUACAACAACAUCAGUAAACAAAUCGAUGAGGGAGUAAAAGAGGGUUUCACAGAGACUGAAGUGGUCAGGGGGGUGUUGAGGAUUAUAAAACCAGGAGCCUUUAAAGACAUGCUCGUAAACAAAGACUCAAUCACUGUAUCUGAGCUCAAAGGCUUCCUCAGGUCCCACCUCGGUGAGAAAGCAUCGACUGAGAUGUUCCAGGAAUUGAUGUGUGCCAGGCAAUCAGACCAAGAACCACCUCAACAGUUCCUGUACCGCAUGAUUGGGCUAAAACAGAAACUUCUUUUUCAAACUCGGCACACCAGUACAGACAUCACAUAUGACCCCAAGACCAUCCAAAAAGUCUUUCUCCACACCAUAUACCAGGGUUUAGGAACGAAACAUGCAUACCUCCGACAGAGACUGAGGCCCCUGAUUGCAAACAGCCAAGUUACAGAUGAGGAAAUCCUCAGCCAAGUCAUGAAAAUCAUGAGUGAUGAGAAUGAGCACCAACGCAGGCUGGGCCAACUCCCUAGACAAAAGACAACACAAGCACACAGUACCAAAGCUGAAACAGGAGGUGAUUACAACAAGUCACAAGAUGCAGCAGCAGACAGUAAGAAUCUCCAGACAAUAGGACAGCUCAGUGCUCAAGUUGAAGCCUUGACUCAGAUGGUGGCUUCAUUGAUGGACCUGCAUACAGCUAACCCACAAGUGUCUCUGCCUCUAACUAGGUCAGCCCACAUGCAGCCACACCCUCCCUACCAACCAUCCUCAAGCAGCUGGCCACAACCUCUGUUGAGGCAACCCGCAGCUCAGAUGAGGGGCAGGAUGGCUCGUUGCCCUGUGUGUACUGAGCAGAACUCACAGGUGUGUAACCACUGCUUUGCAUGUGGAGAAGCAGGGCACAGGGCGAUUGGGUGCUUGAAGCGAGUGCAGCCACAGGGAAACGGGACUCGGUCUCUGAUGAGGGACACCCAGAGACCGGUGAGCAAUUCCAGUCCCGAACAGUAGGUCAAGCUUCAAGUCAAAUAGCCAGACGCCUCCAACGAAGACAACGUCAGGAGCCUCAUACACCUCUCAGCCAGAGAACAGUCACCUGUAAAGCACCCCUCGUUGGAAAGAAAAGCCUCCUGAAAUGCCUGCUUGGUGGCUACCCAAUUACAGCCCUAUUUGAUUCAGGGUCACAAGUGAGUAUAAUUGACCAAGAAUGGGCUGCCACUCACAUCUCAAAUUGUACAGUGAGACCCCUUUCUGAGCUAUUAGAGGAGGAACUCAGUGUCUAUGCAGUUACAGGUCAUUCAGUGCCGUACAGUGGAUGGGUGGAGCUCACUGUCAACUUAGCAGGAAACGAUGACCCCAACCUGACCAUACAGGCUCCAUUUCUUGUCAGUCAGCUGCCCCUGCCCCAGCCCCUUCUUGGAGCCAAUGUACUGGAAGAGAUCAUUAAAAGGAAGGAGUCCUCGGGUGAGGCGGUUACCACAGUGGUCAGUCUCCUCCGUGAUGCAUUUGGGAUAGAGGAGGAACAGGUGGAGGCCAUUGUGAGUUUCAUCCAGGUGCCUCCCAGAGCCUAUGAUGAUCCAGUCACAAUAAGGGUGGGUAGAGACUGCACUAUUAUCCCCCCUGGGAGAACAGUUCAUGUGUGGUGCAGGGUACCCCCAAAUUUUAACAUCAUUGACCCUUUUGUCCUAUACGAGCCUGCAGAGGGGAGCACUGCUUUAGGACACUUGGGUGUGGGGGAGGGCCUCUUAAAAGUCAAUGAGGCCAGGCGACCAUAUGUUAAAGUGCCCAUCUCCAAUCACUCAAAACAUGAGGUCACCCUACCCAAAAGAACCCCCCUGGGAACCAUCCAACAUGUCACAAAGGUCCUGGAGACCAGCACUCCAGGGUCCCACCAAAAAGAAAUGGCUGCAGUUAGGGUCAAUGGAGUUGCAUCCUCCAGCAGCUCUCCAACUGACUCCUGGCUCCCUCCUGUCGAGGUCAGUCACCUAAGCCUCGAACAACAAGAGGUGGUGAAGAAAGUGCUCUGUGAGGAGUGUGGAGCCUUCUCCCGUGACGGUGAUGACAUUGGAUGCAUCCCUUCUCUGCAGAUGGAAAUUAGGACUAAGGAUGAUAUCCCAGUCCAAAGAGCCUAUGCAUCCAUUCCAAAGCCACUCUACAAAGAAGUGAAGGAGUACAUCCAGGAACUUCUGGUUAAAGGUUGGAUUGUGAAAUCUCAGUCACCAUAUGCAGCCCCUGUCAUAUGUGUCAGGAAGAAAGAUGGGUCCUUACGACUCUGCGUCGACUACCGGCUCCUCAACAACAAAACCGUACCUGACCGCCACCCCAUCCCUAGAAUCCAAGACCUCACCGACUCCCUAGGAGGAUAUGCUUGGUUCUCAAUUCUGGACCAAGGGAAAGCCUACCAUCAAGGCUUCAUUGCUGAAGGGUCAAGGUACCUGACUGCGUUCAUAACCCCAUGGGGCCUGUACGAGUGGGUCCGAAUACCGUUUGGGUUGUCAAACGCACCAGCAGCUUUUCAAAGGAGCAUGGAGGGGAUGCUUGACGAGCUGAGAGAUGAGUACUGCAUCCCUUACCUCGAUGAUGUUUUGUGCUUCUCCAGAUCGUUUGAAGAGCAUGUGCAGGUGUUACGCAGAGUCCUCCAAGCCUUACAGCGUCAUGGUGUAAAGUUGAAACCAGAGAAAUGCGAGCUCUUUCGCAAGGAGGUCAGGUACGUUGGGCGAUUGGUGUCGGCAGAUGGAGUAAGGAUGGACCCCAAAGAUUUUGAAGCAGUACAAACACUGAAACACAAGACACCACAAACAGUUGGGGACAUCAGGCAAAUGCUCGGGUUCCUGAGCUAUUACAGAACAUAUGUGCAGGAUUUUUCACGUAUAGCCAAGCCCCUGUAUGACCUGCUUCAGUCAAAGGCCGACACUUCUCAGCUUAAAUCGCCACAGGGAAAAACAAAAGGCCACCAGCAGUCCUCUCGAACCCCAAUAGAGUGGACCAAAGAACAUCAACAGGUCCUUGAGCAGCUCAUUGACCGACUGACCAAACCCCCAGUGCUGGCAUACCCCGACUUCGACCGCCCUUUCACACUUCAUACUGAUGCCUCGCAAAAGGGUCUGGGUGCGGUUCUCUACCAAGUUCAGGAUGGAAAAAUGAGGGUGAUUGGAUAUGGUUCACGCACACUGACACCAGCGGAACAGAAUUAUCACCUACACAGUGGCAAACUUGAAUUCCUGGCAUUGAAGUGGGCGAUAUGUGACAAGUUCCGUGAUUAUCUGUUCUAUGCCCCACAUUUUACAGUCUUCACGGACAACAACCCACUCACAUACAUCCUGAGCACUGCCAAGCUUAAUGCAGUGGGUCACCGGUGGGUGGGGCAGUUGGCUGACUUCCACUUUGACAUCAAAUACCGACCAGGUAAAACUGCCAUUGAUGCUGACACCUUGUCACGAUGGCCCCUAGAUAUAGACACUUUUAUGGCUGAAUGCUCUGAAGAACUAUCAGAGGACACAGUCUGUGCUGCAUGGGAAGGAAGCCGGAGAGCUCAACAGAGAGAUGUGGCCUGGGUGGCAGCCCUCAACUUGUCACACCCUAGCCAAACCCAGUUCGAGGGUCUGCAGACAGUCAGUCAUGAUGAGCUGGUGAGGGAACAAAGGAAAGACCCCGCCAUUGGGAAAGUUGUGGAGUUGAAACAACAAGACAAACCACUAACAGAGGAAGAAAGAAAUAAAGUUGAUGGACACACGAGGAGGCUGCUGCGAGAGUGGGGCAAAUUAUACCUGGAGAAUGACCUGCUCUACAGAAAAACUGUGAGUCGACAACAAUUGGUUCUGCCCGCCACAUAUAAACAAACAGUUCUGACUCACCUCCACAACAACCUGAAUCAUGUUGGCGUUGAAAAAGUGCUGAGCUUGGCAAGGGAGCUUUGUCAUGAAAAGUGAUAUAGAGAACUACAUCACCAGGAAAUGCUCAUGCAUCAAACAGAAGAAACCAGUCACAAAUGAAAGAGCUCCAAUGGGAAGUAUUACAUCGACUUCUCCCCUCGAGCUGCUAUGCAUCGAUUUCCUUCACUUGGAAGCCAGCAGGGGUGGGUACGAGUACAUCCUGGUUGUGAUUGACCACUUUACCAGGUUUGCCCAAGCCUAUCCCACCAAGAACAAGGCUGGUAAGACAGCAGCCGACCGGCUUUUCAAUGAUUUCAUCCCGAGAUUUGGGUACCCUGCCAAACUCCAUCAUGACCAGGGUCGGGAGUUUGAGAAUGAGCUCUUUAAGAAUCUCAGACGAUUAGCUGGUGUGGCCCAUUCAAGAACCUCCCCAUAUCACCCCCAGGGCAAUCCGGCCGAACGACUAAAUCGUACCUUACUGCAGAUGCUCCGGACUCUGGGGGAGAAAGAGAAAGAGAACUGGAAGGAUCACCUACCUCAUGUGCUCCAUGCCUACAACUGUACAAAGCAUGAGGCCACAGGGUUCUCCCCGUACUAUCUGUUGUAUGGUCGACAUCCUCGCCUCCCUGUUGACAUCCUCUUUGGUCUCAUAACAGACCAGGAGGCCGAACUUAAAGAGCCAAAUGGAUAUGCCGAGAGGUGGGCUCGAAAAAUGACUGAGGCAUAUCAGAUAGCCAAUGCAAACAGCCAACAAUCCAGCAUAAAGGGAAAAACAUACUAUGACAAGAAGAGCAGAGGUGUCGUCCUUCAGCCUGGAGACAGAGUACUGGUACGCAAUCUCGGUGAACGUGGGGGCCCUGGAAAGCUGAGAAACUACUGGGAGCAACAGAUCUUCAUCGUCAGAGAGCAGGUGGGUGACAAUCCUGUCUAUAAAGUCAGCCCGGAGCGAGGAGGUCAGCCAGUUCGCACUCUACACCGAAACCUACUGUUACAGGUAAACGACUUACCUAUAGAACCAGUCCAGAACCUGACCACAAGUACAGCAGAGUCACAAAGGAAAGCCAAAAAGAGUUCAAACGACCUUCAGGCCAGACAUGCUGUACUGUACUCAAACACAGAUGACUCUGAUGAAGAGGAGGAUAAGGGAACACCUCAUUACUGGCUUCGAAUACCUGUGGAGAGACCCAGACCAAAUGGUCACCCACCUGAUCAAAAUACUACCGAUGCUUUCCAAGAGAUAGCUGAAGAGAAUGAAACCAGUUUGAUGGAAGUAAUCCCAACCGAACCUGGACAGGAAGGAGAAUGUGUCAGAAGUGGAAGGCAGGGGUCAAGCAGUGGAGAUGGACAAAAUGUUGAGGAGCUCCAGUCCACAUUCAUGGAGGACAUACAUUCUGCCCCUCAAGAGGAUAAUACCCCAACACCUGACAUGGAACACCCAGUCCCCCUGAGACGGUCUACAAGAGAAAGACGACCAAGACAUAUGUUCACUUACACGACUCUGGGUCAACCAGUGUACCAGCCGCACCCCAUGGUGAAUGCAGUUGGAACCCAACCAAUGCAGUGUAUGCACCAGUGUUUCCCCUUACCGUACUUCCAUCCUAUCCAACCCCCACCCAUUAGCCCUUACCCUUACCUACCUGUUAUGUGUCCAAUACACUGUAGAUAGAACACUUGGGAAAGAUAGUUACAUACCUGAACCACACAUACACCAUACAUUACAUAUCCAUCUACUGUAAAAUAUACAUCAUACACUGUAUACUCACCUUGAGCGACCUGCAACACAAAACACUACAUAUUUUUGUUUUGCAAUGUUUUGAAAAAAAUGUAUGUUCAGUCAAGUUAUUUUGGAGACUUAAGUGUCAGGAGCCACCUUUGUUUGUUGGGGAGUGUGUGAUACACCAUAAAGUGGGAGAAUUUAAUUAUCACUUGGUGAUAGUCCAGAAAAUCUGUUUAAGAAAAUAUACGCCACCACACAGAAAUUAAUAGUAUUGCAACUAAUUACAUAUAUGGGUU